UUUUUUUUUAGAUGAUUCUCUUUUAGUCGUGGCGCGCUGAAACCUCAUCAGACCACUGUGACAGCCUGUCACAGUGGUCUAUUGAUAGUGAAAUCAAUAAUGCAACGCAGGCAUCUCGGAGCUCCGGAGUCAGCAAGAAGCCGAAAAGUAGCUCUUUGAUGCGCGCGACACCUCGGACAGAAACCUCUGGACGAGUUGGACAGUUUCUGUCGGCGCGCACUAUUUGGAAAGCCACAUUGCACUUUUGCGCAUAAGUCAAAUAUUUUCCCAAACUAUUUUAAAGAUCUUAAACAACAACAUAUAUAAAUGGCUUUUUAGAAUUAUGUGGAUAUUUGCUGUUAAAUUGGCACCAAACUGUCAGGGAGAAAGCGGCAAGGCAUGCGUAAAAUGCCAAAGUAAAAGCUUGGAGAUGAUGAAGAUUGCAGUUUUCUCCAUGAGUUUCCAGUCCACCUACAGCAGCAGCACCUGAUCCCGGCGGAAAGCCGACACGAAGGGAAGGAUGACGAUCCACGUCGAGGGUCUUGUGGCCAUCGUGCUCUUCUAUGUCCUGAUUCUGUUUGUGGGGAUCUGGGCGGCGUGGAAGAACAAGAACUCCGGAGUYGGCGAUGGCGGAGAGCGGAGCGAGAGUAUCAUGGUCGGGGGCAGAGACAUCGGCUUGUUUGUUGGAGGGUUCACCAUGACGGCCACCUGGGUGGGUGGGGGCUACAUCAAUGGAACUGCAGAGUAUGUCUACCUGCCAGACCACGGCCUGGCCUGGGCACAGGCGCCUUUUGGUUACGCUCUCAGCCUGGUUGUAGGUGGCCUUUUCUUUGCCAAACCCAUGCGGUCCCGUGGCUACGUCACCAUGUUGGACCCCUUCCAGAUGCUUUAUGGGAAAAGGAUGGGGGGGCUGCUSUUCAUCCCUGCACUCAUGGGAGAAAUCUUCUGGUCUGCAGCCAUUUUGUCUGCCUUAGGUGCCACUCUCAGUGUGAUUGUGGACAUCAACAUCAACAUGUCUGUGGUGAUCUCCGCACUGAUUGCCAUCUUUUACACUCUUGUCGGAGGACUUUAUUCUGUCGCGUACACAGAUGUGGUCCAGCUGUUCUGCAUAUUUGUGGGCUUGUGGAUCAGUGUGCCCUUCGCCCUUUCCAACCCUGCUGUGUCAGACAUCAGCGUUUCAGCCAAGGAAGUAAUCUAUCAGUCACCCUGGCUGGGCAAGAUUGAUUCUAACGACAAAUGGCUCUGGGCAGACAACUUCUUUUUGCUGAUGUUGGGGGGGAUUCCCUGGCAGGUCUAUUUUCAACGGGUUCUUUCUGCCUCUUCAGCUACCUACGCUCAGGUGCUCUCUUUCCUGGCCGCCUUUGGCUGCUUGGUCAUGGCCGUCCCUUCGGUCCUGAUUGGAGCCAUUGGAGCUUCCACUGACUGGAACCAAACUACCUACGGUUCCCUCCCUCCGAAGGAUAAGGAUGAAUCAGACAUGAUCCUCCCCAUAGUGCUCCAGCACCUGUGCCCUCCCUACAUCUCCUUCUUUGGUCUGGGUGCGGUGUCGGCUGCCGUCAUGUCGUCAGCAGACUCGUCCAUACUGUCUGCCAGCUCUAUGUUUGCCAGAAACAUCUAUCAACUCGCUUUCCGGCAGUCGGCUUCAGAUCGUGAGAUUGUUUGGGUGAUGCGCAUCACCAUUUUUGUUUUUGGAGCUCUUGCUACAGCGAUGGCGUUGUUAACCGGAUCGGUGUACGGCCUGUGGUACCUGAGCUCUGACCUCGUCUACGUCAUCAUUUUCCCCCAACUCCUCAGCGUGUUGUUCGUCAAAGGCACCAACACAUACGGCUCCGUGGCAGGCUACGUCUUUGGUCUUUUGCUGCGCAUCGGUGGAGGAGAACCAUACCUGAAACUCCCUCCGUUUAUUUUUUAUCCUGGUUGGGUGACAGAAGAGAAGAUCCACCACCUCACUGGUGACGUAGAGUACUUUGUCCAGCAGAGAUUCCCCUUCAAAACUGUGUCCAUGGUUGCGUCCUUCUUGGCUAAUGUGGUCUUCUCUUACUUGACAAAGUACCUAUUUGAGAGCGGCAUGCUGUCACACAAGUACGACUUCCUGGACGCCGUGGUGUCCAAGCAUAGCAAGGAGAUCAUGGACAAGGCAACACUAGUAGGAAACCACGAUAACAUCAUUCUUUCAGAGAUGGCUCCCGUCAGGCAAGCUCUUGGUGGGUCGAUCGCUGGAACCUUCACCAACACCGAGGUCCUCAGUGACGACGGUGAAUCAAGCCCAGAGUCUUUUCACAGUGAAAACUAGACGAUAAAGGCACAAAGAAAACUCAAAACCAAGACUGUGAAAAUGAAGGAUCGGGUCAAAGAUGCGUCCGCUCUCUUCAGGAAACUUGUUACUGCCACACUGUGAGCCAAAAUCAGCAGAAAUCUUCUGUGGCUUUCAAGUGACUCCACAAGUUUCAACAAUGGUGACAUGGUGCCUCACUCUUGUUUUUAAUUUCAUUUCAUGUCUAACGUACAAUCAGCUAACGUACAUUCAUGYUUGUGUUUUUUGACCAUGACUCUGUGAAUCUACAACCAUUUUAAUUUAAGUGCUGCUACUGUGAUCAGAGGAACGGUCUGCAAGGAUGCAAAGUAGAUCGUAAGAAAAGUGCAAUAGAACUAUGUUACUGUGUGCGUGUUUGUCUAAUUACUGUAUAAGUAUGUUGAUGUAAAUCCAUACAGUCAUGGAAAAAUAAAGCCCUCCUUUGUCAAUUCUAGGUUUCUUUUUGGAUCAGGGCGGAAGAAAAAAAAGAUUUAGUAACAAGUUCUGAAGUCCUGCUUCAAAUGUUAAAACAAAAAACAUAUUGCCCUUCUUUAUUAGGUUGAGAUUAAAUGAGGUUAUUUUUUUAAAUUAUUUUAGGACCUGGAGAUCUUUUUUAUUAUGCCUAGAAUUGAAAGAGGAUGCACUUUUUCCCCUACAUGAGCGUUUGCAUAAAAACUAUGUGGCUUCAAGCAAACGGUCCUUGAACGAAUGUCAGACUUAACAUUUUAGUUUUGCAUAAAAAACAUUUAUUAAUAGAGCAAUAAUAAUUAUAGAAAUAGAUUACUUGGAGCAGCAGGCUACUAUCAUUGGUAUGAACUUGAAAAGCAGGGAAGUUUAACUUUUUUUGACACACUCAGUGAUAAAUUAAUGCAAAUGUAAUAUUACCACCCUCUGAAAUGUGCCAAACAAAUAUAAUUUGUCUGAAUACUAUUAAUUUCAGUAGCAAAGUGUUUGACUUUUUACUGAGAAAGGAUCAACCAACUCUGCUUUGUUUUUGUCUUGCUUUUCUUUUUGGGUGGUUUUUUUUUCCUUCACUUUUUGGAUUCUAAUGCUUUGCUAGGAAGAAUUUUGCACUUUAAUUAAAAGAAAAUAGCUUUUAUUCCUAAAAGGCUCACAUUUGGCAUAAAAGGCUUGGAUGGACCUUAAAAUGUGUGCAGCUGAAGUGUUAAAAAUAAGUUGUGUUGUUUGUUUUCCAGGCAGCUAUUGGGUUUCCAUUCAUUUCUGUGCAUUCCAAAAUGUUUUUUAGCAAACUUCGUUUCCCUUUAAUGAAAGGAAGGAAAGCAUUAAGUUAUGCACAUUUACAGCCAGACAACAAAGCAUCAGCUGCAACAAAACACAUGCGAAAAUCGUUCCGUAAGAAAUUUACGAAUGAAUAUGAUGUAAAAGUUGCCUGGAGAAUCUGAAAACACGAGUUUUGGUUUUGUGUGACUGUGUUUGAUGRCUCGUUUGCCCAUCUUAAAGCUGUAUUGAGCGGACAGUCAGGUUCACGGUGAACAGAAAUGAUUGUUCCUCCCAGGGCAGUGUUCGUAUUACCGGUCAUUAUUGAUCCUGGCUUGCUGGGGAUGAGCCCUCAGGACGUUUGAUUAAUGCUGCACAGAUGUUCAAAGUGACAGUUUCUGAGAGUUUGUUAGAGUGUGUUAAAUACAGGAAAUGUUUUUUUUUUUUUUUUUGUUAUCAGUUGAACAGUUCCUAAAUACUACGGUGAUCUUAUGUUGUCACAAAUUUUGCAGUUUUAUCCUCUGAUACACUUUUUGGGGUAACGACACAAAUAGUUAAUCACUUUUUACAAAAAUCUUUUAACUUUAUCUCUUCUCAGCAUUGUAGUUUGGUGGUUUAUCAUUUAUUAGAUCAGUGGAAUUCAUUCACUACAACACAUCUAUUUUAGUUUCCUUUGACUUCCACCCAUCAUCUAAUGUCAUGAAUGCAGCUUACGAUCUGAGUGGAUCAUCUCUCCUAAGAAUAAUAAACAGUAGAGAGCUGUUCAUAUUGUCCUUUAAUGUUAAUCUAAAGAUGUUUUGUACACUGCUUGCUAAACUUGACUUCAUACACUGUUCACAGCAGUCAGAAGUCUCGUCUGAAAACAUGAUUCUUUGUCCAAUUGUGUCCUUUGAUUUGGCAGUGAUUCCCAGAAUUUGGGUUGGGUCCCAAUAAAACACCCAGAGUGUGGUCUUGAGGAAGUUUACAGUCKAAAUUAAUCAUUGUUAAUAGCAUAUUUAGUCUUUAAGUGCUGUAAAGAAGCAAAAACAGUGAAUAAAAGUUGAUGGAUUGAGUAAUGUUUGUACACUUAACCCAGCAACAGUGGGGUCAUGAUAGUCUUCCUGUUCUUAUUUUGUGAUUCAAAAGCUGAAAAGUUUAAAAAAAAAACACUGCUUUAAAUCAUCUGGCAUUGUGGUGUGUGUCAACCAGAGAUGGCUCAUUAGAGGAACUUAAUGUCAUGUUUGUGUGCAGUCAUCACACUAAAAUACACUCAAACUUGACCCAACCCAUCAGAUUUGUGUAAAUGUCGAUUUCUCGUUAAAACAGCUGUCACUGGGUCAUUGUCAGUCAUUGGGUUUUUGUUUUUUGUUUUUUGUUGUUGUUUUUUGGCUUUGUUGUGAAUGUAACCAUUCCUCCCUGUGAGCUCAGUGUCAGUCAUGUACAAACCUGUAUAGAAGAGUCGGCAUCAGCUGCUUGGCUGACUUAUUGUUGCUCCAUGUCAGCAAAAAGAUAUUGCUGUAUUUUUGUGUGAUAAAUGUAUAUACAUAUAUAAAAUAUAAGAAGAACUUAGUCUACUUUUAAAGGCAAAGUUGAAAGUGUUUGUCUAUUUAUUUAUUCAUGCAGUGUCUACAAAAACAAGAGUUUAGUUGUAAAUGUGAGGUCAAUUGAAUAAAUGCUAUUAAAUCAGUGCA